AAGCUGGAAUGGACUAUGUCAACAUCCCCCACGUUGUCGCCAUGGUGGGUCUGCCUGCUCGUGGCAAGACUUACAUUGCCAUGAAGUUGGCAAGAUACCUUAACUGGGUCGGCCUUCCCACGAAAGUAUUCAACGUUGGGGAUUAUCGUCGUCGGGCUAUUGGGAGCUACCAAGGCCACGAUUUCUUCCACCCGAGAAAUCGCGAUGGCACCAAUAUCAGGAAUAAAUGCGCACUUGAUGCUCUUCAGGACGUGUGUGAGUUCCUGCAGUCUGGGGGGAUGGUUGCUGUAUAUGACGCAACCAACACAAACAGGGAACGACGGGAGCUGAUUCACCAUGUCAUCUGCCAGCGCAUGGGAUACAAGCUCUUCUUCAUUGAGUCGAUUUGCAAUGAUCCAUCUAUCAUUGAAACCAACAUCAUGGAAUGCAAAGUGACCAACCCAGACUACACCAACAUGGAGAAAGAGGAUGCAGUGAAGGACUUCCUCAAACGCAUCGAGCACUACCGCAUAUCCUAUGAGACACUGGACGAGGAUGAAGAGAGCCAGUACAGUUUCAUGAAGAUCUUUGAUGCAGGUCGGCGUGUGGUGGUUCACAAGCAAGAGGGCCACAUAGAGAGUCGUAUUGCAUACUAUCUCAUGAAUAUUCACAUCACACCACGAUCUAUUUACCUCACUAGGCACGGAGAGUCACUCUUCAACCAGCUGGGCCGCAUUGGGGGUGACACAGACCUUUCACACCGUGGCCGCCAGUAUGCCAAUGCUAUGGCGAAGUUCAUCAGCGGGCAGAACAUUCCGAACCUCCGCGUGUGGACAUCAUGCAUGAAGAGGACAAUCCAGACUGCGGCCGGGAUCAGUGCACCCCAGGAGAGGUGGAAGUCCCUCAACGAGAUUGAUGCUGGUAUUUGUGAAGGCUUGACAUAUGAAGAGAUCCAGGAACAGUACCCAGAGGAAUUUGCUGCUCGUGACCAGAACAAAUACUCCUACAGAUAUCCUCGGGGAGAAUCCUACGAAGAUGUGGUCGUGCGGCUGGAGAGCGUGAUCAUGGAGUUAGAACGGCAGGAGAACGUUUUGGUUGUUGGUCACCAGGCGGUCCUGCGAUGUGUGCUGGCCUACUUCCUCGACAAAACUGGUGCUGAGCUCCCCUACUUGAGAGUUCCUCUACACACACUAAUCAAGCUCACACCGCAAGCGUACGGGUGCAGAGUGGAGUUCUUCAAGAUCCCCAUCGACUGUGUGGACACCCACCGAUCCAAGCCUCUCGUAACGCGCAGUGAUGAAGGCAAAGAAGAAGAUAUGCGAGGUGCAUCUAAUACCGUAGACGUGAUAGACGGAGUGCAAGUCAAUGUGUUGGAAGGCCUCGUAGAGGGCUUGUCUGUUAAUGCCCAGAACCUCGAAGAAGACAUAGGAGGGCAGCAAGGAGGAGCUGUGGGUGGAGUAUCUUUACCUGAAUCGGCACGAGCCCUGUCCGCUUUCAGACGUCCUCAGUACUAAACCUAUAUGAGUCUAGGGUCGUGUUUUCUGACAUGACCCCUUCUUCAGCUAUGACUGAGAGUGCAAAGAUUUACACAAGCUGACUGAUUAGAGAGACAUAAAUUCUAGAUCAUUGUAAAAGUGUUAUAUAGUGAAGUGAAAUGGAAUUUCGUGGAAAAAUCCAAAAUAAGAGUAGGAUAAAGAAAUAAGUAUGUGAAAAAUUGUUAUUGUAUAAAUCCACUAUUAUCUUCUUUCUUUCAUUUUUAGAACUUUUAAGAAAUUGAAACACUGUGCUCAAAAUAUCAUGUUUAAUGGACUCAAUAACUCAGGAUAAGUUUGCAUGUGGUGCAAUGUACAAGCAUAAAGUUGUAGAUAAUCAAGAUCUUCAAACAAUAGGUGUAAAUAUUUUUUUUUUUUUUGCUCUACAAAGAGGAAACGUCAGUCCUUCUUGGGAGCCAGACAAUAAAUAUCAAUGGAUAACAGAUAGAAAUAUCAACAUUUUAAAGCAUAAACUCAGCAAUAAUGAUCUUCCAUUCCUCACUAGAAUGAACUGCUUUAAAAGAGAUUAUAUUUUUGUAGCUGUCUUCAGGUCUUUCGUGCAUUUACAGCAAGAGAAUAGCAUUUCCCAGAAGUAGUGGAUUUGUGCAAUAACAAGAUCAAAUGACAUAGACUGGGUUUACAAUAAAUGGAAGUUCCAUUAUAAGAUUCCUUUGGGUUUGAUGGUUUGUUAUAUUGUAGUAUUAAGCAUUAUUGUUGUUUCACGCACACGCAUGUGCAAGCACACGCACACGCACACGCACACACACGCAACACACACACACA